AUGACACUGCCUCGGCCUUUGUUCUCAAAACCCAUUAGGACAGUACCACCUCCACCUUUACCAUCAUCCUUCAACAAAACUGCAAAACUGAGUCCAAAUUUGAAUAGGAUCUCUGGGUUUAGUCCCCAUGCUUUCAAAUUCAUCGUCUCCAUGGCUGCCAGCUCUAGACAUGGCGUUUCUUCUGACCCUCAACAUUCAUCGUCCCAGCUGAUCCCUUCCAAUGUCGACUCCGACUCCAGUUCCUUUCAGAAUUCACCAAGUGAAGUAGAAGCCGUUGAGGAAUACUUAGACAAGGUACCGCAAGUUAUAUUUUAA